UCGUGACCUCCAAGUCAAUCAUCAAUCAGCUGAUGCUUAAGGUGACAUUUGGGUAAACUUUGCAUCGCACACCAUGUCAGAAAUAACCGAUGAAAAGCGCUUGAGAGAUAAAAAUCUUAAUUUUUUUUUGGGGGGGGGUGUUCACCACAGUCAUUUUUUUGUGGAGCCACGUUCAAACGUACGAGCAUGUAGCUAUAGUUCACUCGCAAAUUCAUUGUCGAAGUCCGACAGACUCAAACAGCAAUAAAAACCAGAGUAAAUGAUUUACCAAAGAGAAAAACAAAAAUAUGACGACGUUGUGAUUAAGUAGCAAGUAACAUCGCUUCAGAUGACGACAUUUCGUCACAAUCAAAAAUUUAAAAGCCCUUUAACAUAGGCUUCUUUGAAAACGGUAUAGGGCCUAAAUUUCAAAUCAAAACACGAUGUCUACAACGGACAAUUUAAUAUAGUUGCAGCACAUAAAUACUUCUUCGUUGCUGCUUUUCAAGACAACUAGCCAAUGAACGUGGAGAUCUUUGGUGGAGAUCUUGGAGAAUUCAGCCCACAGCACGCGCGUGAGGCGGCGGCGUAUUGCAUGCUGCGCUGCAGACAAUCACGCGGGCGUGUCGCUUUUCCCGAAUGACCUCGGACACGCUUCAGUUUUGGCAUCGGCUGUUGGAAUUGUAAUCCAUGAAUCCAACGUUUUAAGGCCUUCAGUCAAUAUCCUUAUGAAGUUACUCACACGGUAGCCAAGUUUUUUUUUUAACAUUUCUUCAAAUAUUUCGCCUCCACUUCGAGGCCUCUUCAGAAUAUCCUCUUGGAAUAUCGAACUGGCUCAUAAUAUUUUUCAUUCAACCGAUGAGGGUCUUGGUCCCUAACACCAGCGUUCAUUGUUUCGCGCACGUACGCCAUACGCGCACCACUGCCGAAAUUGAGCGCGUGGAAAUCAAGUUAAGAGUUCAAAACGUUUUAUAUAAUAGCUCUACGGUUCGAAAACUUCCACGCGGUGUAAGUCGAAAGUAAUUUUGCUUAGGCCUAGUUGAUUACUGGGGGAUAAAUGUUAGUUCCAGUCGUUGGUUAUCGGAAUUAGAAAACACAAGGUUAUCAAAAUGAUUGCCGCCAGAUUAGCAACACGACAGGCCGGUAAGCAAGUGGCCAAGAAGCAAAUGAAGAAGCAAAUGCAGAAACAGGUCAAGAAAAAAGUCCAGCAAAAGGUGGAGGACAAGAUGACAGAGAAGGCGCAGGAGAAGAUGCAGGACUCGAUGGAUAAGCGGCGAGACAAGAAGGCGGCUAAAAAGAAGAAGAAGCCAAGGUUCAUGGGGCUCGGCGACAUGGAAAUCGACAUGCACGAUGAUACAGACGACGUCGAAGAGGAGCGCAAACCUCGCAAAGGCGUGCGCUAUUCUAUCUUCGCCAUCUGCCGUGGCAUAGGUAAGUUCUACCGUUUCCUGAGUAGAUACAUGCCCUGCUGCCGAUCAGGGACCUUCGCCAACCAGAUCACCAAGAACGUGGCCGGCUUCCUGUGCGGGAUCAUGUUCCUCAUGCUCUUCUAUCCGAUCUUCGUCUUGGCGCUCACACAGGACCCCAAGCAGGCCGCCCUGACAAUCAUGAUCAUCGGGCCGUUCGUCUGCUUCGGCAUGGCCUUCUCCCGGCGGAUCCGCUGCGUUAUGCUGCUGAUGGUGCCGCAACUUUUCUCAGGGAAAGGCAGGACAAUUCUCAUGGCCUACGGCUUCCUCUUAGUGCUGAGCGGUCCUGUGGAGAACUUGAGCUACAAUAUGGACGUGGCUGGGCACAGCCAGGUCUGUGGCAGUGAGCUGGCCAUGAACCAGUCCUACAAGCUGUUCCAGGUGGUCACAGCCCCCAUGGCCUCUUUUUCAGAUGAAGUCUCAUCACUGAUCCACAAACUCCGAGUCAUCGGGAAUCGGAUCACAGAAGGGUUUCUGGCCAUAAAAGAUGCUGUGGACUCUUUGGGGAAUGCGGUCACAGAGUUUUUUGAUUGGCUGAGUGACAUGGUGGACAAGUGCAAUGAACGGCUGGGUGUACCUCAGAAGAGAUGUGAGAGGGCCUUUGAACAUGCUGCUUACAAGUGCCGCAAACAUGCCUCCAUCUUCAACUUUGUCUGUGGCAUCGUCGAUCUCAUCUCGAACGUUUGCCACAUAGCUGGCAUUCUGAAAAUCCUGUGCAUCUUUCCACAAAUAAUCAUAGUCCUUGCAGAGGAAGCGAGCCAGGUAAUUGACAGUGCAAUAGAUAAACUGGAAGACCAGUUCUAUGUGGACUUUGAGUUCCACCAUGAGAUACACAUGGACUAUAACUUCUCCCAGACGGCCAGGCAGAUCAAGGAAAGCAUUCUCGGGGAGAUGGAGGAGAGGACUGAGGGCUUCCUUACGGUGGUCACCUGGCUCAACCGUCUUAUGUCCUUCGCAUUCAUCCUCCUCAUUCUCAAAGCAUACAAGUAUUAUCACGCCUACCGAGUUAAGGACAAACAUGACAACUGGUACGUCACCAAGUACUUUGAGGGGAUAGAUGAAAAACGAAAAGAGGCAGGCAAAGAGACCCUCCUCCCCCUGAAGAGGAAAGAGCGCAGGAAGUAUAUCACCCCAAGUUCUGUAUACCUAGCCAGGCCAGAGAAGCGGCGGAUUAUCCUGGGUUUUGUGAUGUGGACCACGCAACUUUUCUAUGCGGCAGUACUUAUGGCAGCUGACUGCAUGGCUUACUGGUUUUUGGACUGGGUUCGUAUGCAAAGCGAGCUCAACGUACACAUUAAUGCUCCAGGCGCCGUGACACUGGACGUGCAGGGAGAUGGGAUUCUUGUUGAUAUCUACCGUGCUCUUAUCCAAUCGCUUGAUCCACGGUACAUCAGCGACUUUGCGGUUGACACUACAAAAUGCCUUCCCUAUCCAUCGCAGCCAGACAUUGGAACCUAUAGAGUCAUAGGUGCCAUCUUCAUCAUCUCUCUCUUCCUGAUCAUGUUUGAGGCCUACGGGCUUCGCCUGCGCCGCCUCAUCAUGUCCAGGCACUACCCAGAGAGGGAGCGCGUCCGCGCCGUCUGGCUCUACAACCAGAUCCUCCGCCGGCGCGGCAGCUUCAAGAAAUUCCUCAAGAGGAACAAGAAGACAGACAACAGCCAGGGAACGAGAGACUACGGUUUUGCCAGCCACCUUGCAUCCAGGUCAAAGGUUUGGGCCAAAAUUCUCCGAAUCUGUGGAUUCAAAUGGAAGUUCUGUGUGAAUUGCAGUGCGCCAGGAAAAGUUAAGGACACAGAGGGUUUUGUGAAUUGCGCCAAUGCUGGAUGCCCAGGCAUUUACUGUCUGGAAUGUGUUGACGAAAUCCAAAAUGUGUGUCAACUGUGCAGCAGGCCAGUUGACUACACUGUAGACAUCGGGGCGUUUGAUUUCGAAAGGGCUUCAAGUGAUGAAGAUGUGGCCAGCAGGAGAAAGAAACAAAGGGGCGGAGAUGAAGAGAGUGUAUCCCUGGAUGAGGAAUCAGAAGAAGAGGAGGAUUUAGACUACUCCUACCAAUAUGAAUCCAUCGACAGGAAGCAUGAUGAGGACAAUGUGUGGAAGACGUCUGGGGCCAAACCACAGUCAGGGCUCCUGAAGGGGCUUCGUAAGUAGGAGGAAGGGGAGGUUUCGCAAAGCGAGGACAAAGAAGACGAAAGAGAAGAGGUUUUUCUCUGAAGAAGAAUAUAAUGAAGAUGAAGACAGAGUAAAAUAUGGGACAACUCCGUUCAGUUUUGGAGGAAUAAGUAUUGAAUUGCAAUCAAAGAUAGAGUGGAAGGGGUAGACACUGUUAAUGCCCUGCAGUGUGGGUGGUGUUACAAGGUAUGAAUUUCAGGGAAAAUUUCCAAAUGAGAAGUCCAAUAGCUGACCAAAUCCACAAGACAGGAAAAUAAUUUACCUUCGACCAAUGAAUGUAAAAUUAAACAGCACAGGAGAGGAGAAAGUUUGUACGCCAGGGGAGACCUGUUUUUACUGGUUGAUCUCUGGUGCCAAAGUAGCAGGAAAAAUCACAGGAAACCUGGUCAUCAGUGUGGUAUAAAUCAUACUGAAGAAACAAGGACGAAAGGAAUGCCUUUGUGACAGUUCAUGAGAACAGCUUGAGACCACAUGACUGGAGGUUGGCAAGCAGUUGACUUGUUACAACUCUAUUGGUGAUGGAAUUCCAUAGAUUGGAACAUGCUUAAACAACCUGGCAAGGACAGCAUCAGAGUGGAUGUUCCUUGAGACAUAGUGGGUCAAUACAUAUGCAUCCGCUGUCGAAGUGAAUGAGAGGCAGCCCUAUGUGACC